GUACAUCCGGUAUCGACUUCCACUAUCACAAACGUAAAUGUCUUUCUUUGCCGAUCACUCAUCAAGAUGGCUCCUAAACCGAAGCCUGCGGAAAAAUCCGGGAAACCCGACAAAAAGGCGGAGAAAACGCCUGCUCCGUCUGCCUCAGGUGCAUCAACAUCUGGUGGACCGCCAGCCAAGGCAGCAAAACAGUCAGCUAGUUCAAAGCCAGGGAGCUCUGGCGCAGCUGCAAAGGCUGCUGCCCCAGCUCCCAAGCAGACACCUGCUGCAUCUAGUUCAAAGCCUGCCGCAGCCAAACCAGCAGCAGCUGGUGCUGCGAGUAAGCCUGCUGCCGCAGCUGCUACAAAAUCUGCAGCAAAGCCAGCUGGUGCUACGGCCAAACCUGCUGCAGGUGCUGCAAAGGCAUCUGGGAAGACUCCAGCAAAGGCACCCGUUCCACCAGCGGCGGGAGCUGCUGGCAAGGCGAAGCCAGCUGCGGGUGCAGCACAGGCCAAGGGAGCAGCCAAGCCCAAGUCUGCCGCUAAGCCUGCAGCUGGGAAGGCUGCUGCCAAACCUGGUGCAAAACCGGCAGCUAAGCCAGCUGCCGGUAAGGCUGCCGCCAAGCCGGGAGCAAAGCCUGCAGUAAAGGCUGUUGGUAAGGCAGCAGGCAAAGCUGUAGCUGGCAAACCAGCAGUGAAGAAGGUUGUUGAAAAGCCCAAGAGAGAUGUUGCGCCAAAGAGUCAGAAAGGAGGCAAGAUAGUACGACCAGUGCAGAAGGCACUUAAGAUUCAGAGGAAGGUUCUCAAGGGUGAACAUGGAUCUCGUUUUAGAAAGGUCAGAACAUCAGUGCACUUCCGUAGACCGAAGACAUUCUGUCCACCCAGAAAUCCAAAAUACCCAAGGAAGUCUGUUCCAAGGAGGAACCGCAUGGAUGCUUACAAUAUAAUUAAGUAUCCUUUGACAACAGAAGCAGCAAUGAAAAAGAUUGAAGACAACAAUACACUGGUUUUCAUAGUCCAUGUAGGUGCAAACAAACACCAUGUUCGUGCUGCUGUGAAAAAACUGUACGAUAUUGAUGUAGCAAAAGUAAAUACUUUGAUUAGGCCAGACGGGAAGAAGAAGGCUUAUGUCAGGUUAGCACAUGAUUAUGAUGCAUUAGAUGUUGCUAACAAGAUUGGAAUUAUAUAAACUGAUUUGUACUUGGGAAUUGUCAUACAGAAAAUAAAUACUGUAUUGUAUUAA